AUCUGAUCUGGACGGGUCCAAACAGGGGGACAUCGUUGUUUCCGCUGCUGGGAAAGUUGAGAGAUUGGCGACGGUCCCUUCUGUGUUUUGCGCUCAGGGAGAGGAGCGGCAUUUGGAGAAGCUCCCUCCGAUUGUCAGCCCGCAGCUGGAAGGGCCGCGUUCGACACGUGGAUUCCCUACCGGCUGAUUGAUCAGGCGGUCGGGGCAGGACGCGCACGUGGGAACGGGGCGUUUGCGCCUCUCUCUUGAUCUCAGGACCCAUGGCAUCCGCUUUGCCACCCAAUUUUUCCUGGGUCGUCCCAGGCCUGCUGGCCGGCCUGGCCAUGCCGCGGCUCCCUGCUCACUAUCAGUACAUGCACGAGCAGGGAAUCCGGCACCUGGUGUCGCUCACUGAGCGGAGCCCGCCUUACCACGACACCUGUCCCGGCAUCCGAGUGCACCGCCUGCGCAUCGCCGACUUCUGCUCCCCCUCGGCCGAACAGAUCCAGCGGUUCCUGCAGGUUGUGGAGGACGCCAACGCGAAGGGGGAGGGUGUGGCAGUUCACUGUCUGCUGGGCUAUGGAAGGACAGGAACCCUGUUAGCUUGUUACCUUGCAAAGAGCCGCAAAAUUGCCGGGGUGGACGCCAUCCGAGAAAUCCGUCAGCUGCGGCCGGGCUCCAUUGAGACCUUCGACCAGGAGAAAGCGGUGGUCCAGUUCUACCAGCGAACGAAGUAGAUCCAGGAAGGGACGAGAUGGGGGAAACGAGGCGUUUGGAAAAGCACGGCCGGUGUGUCUCUUUCAGCAUCCUUCCAGGAGAAACAGGUUGGCUUUAGAGAGGGUAACUCCGGUGGGCUCCCAGACCCUCACACGCGAGUUCCCUCCGAGUUCGUUGACGUUUACCUUCUCGCGGGGAGACACGUCCACCUGUCCUGUGCCGUUUUGCAAACGGUCGCGCCAUCCCAGAGUCGGAGAGCUGCCCUCUUGAACCUGGCAAGCUCGGCCCUUCAAUGCAGGGGAAGGAGAAAGGAGGGAAAACAUCCGUGGGGAAAUAAUUCAAGGCAGAUCCCGAGAAAAUCCUGGAUUUCAAGGUUUGGGAGGGAGGGAGGGAGUUUCUGGUUGAGAGUAGCCUUGAUGAUAAGAACGCAUCAUAAUAAAACUACCAGGUUGCUCCUCUGCCUG